AUGUGCUUGAUCUUUGUGCCUGACACUGUGUACCUUGAAGUUGAUGUUCAAUUUGUUGAACCCAAGAUCUUCACCGUUGACAAGGGGGCCAAUUUCUCGACACUCUCCCUGAUGCCAAUGAUUCCCGUCAACUAUGCCAUUGAGGGAGUCCUCAAUGAUGUCCAAAACAAUGAUGAAGAAACUCCAGCUCACUCAGGAAAAAGUCUUACAUACUACUUCCUCAUUCAGGACUCCUUAUACCUUCUCUCGUACGGAAUAUCCCAACUCAUUAGAACCAAUAGUGUGGUCGAACCCCCUAGUGGGCUAUCCUGUAAAUCUCGGGAAACAUGGGCUCAUGGUCAUCAACUUAUUUCUCUGAUGAAAUCGGUAAAAGCCGACGAUGUGAUCGGUUUUACGGGAGGUGUACAAUUUGGGUCAGAUGGAAGCCGCAAAAAUGUGAACAUUUCAAUUCUGGAGAUGAGUAAAGACGGAUUUACAGUUUACGGAUAUUGGAAUAGAAAGGAUAAAAUGGUAGUAACGAAGGAGUUUUCCAAAACAAAAGAAGAAAUUCAUGCCGAACUGAAGGGUCAAACGCUGCGAGUUGCAACUAUUGAGGAAAUCCCGUUUAUGAUGUACAAAGGCCCUCCUAGUGAGGUGAAAUCGAGUGAUCCCAGAGAUUGGCAUGGAUUCUGCAUUGACCUUUUAAAUGAGUGCGCUGAAAAGCUUGAAUUUAACUACACUGUUCAUCCGGUGACAGACGGUAACUACGGCACCGCAAAAAUCAUUAAUGGGCACGAAGUAUGGGAUGGAAUCAUUGGACAACUCCAACUUCGUAAAGCUGAUUUGGCAGUAGCCAUGCUAACGAUAAAUCAUGAAAGGGAACGAGUCAUUGAUUUCACAACACCCUUUAUGAGUCUUGGAAUGAGCAUCAUCUUUAAAAAGCCGGAACAGAGAAAACCCGAUCUUUUCUCCUUUCUGCGACCUCUUUCACCUACGGUGUGGGGCUACGUGCUCAUAGCCUACGUUUGGGUCAGUAUAACUCUCUUCUUCGUGGCUCGUUUUAGUCCCUAUGAGUGGCACAAUCCCCAUCCUUGUAACAAUGAAUCGGAAAUCCUUGAAAAUAGCUUUAAUAUGCUCAACAGUCUUUGGUUCACGAUUGGUUGUUUGAUGCAGAAAGGCUCAGACAUCAUGCCAAAGGCAACAUCCACCCGAAUAAUUGCAGGUUUUUGGGGUUUCUUCACCCUUAUUAUCAUCUCUUCCUACACCGCCAACUUGGCCGCCUUCCUGACAGUGGAAAGAAUGCAAGCCCCUAUUGAGGAUGUAAAGGAUUUAGCAAAACAGACAAAAAUCAAGUAUGGUACACGUAAGGGUGGAUCCUCAGAAGACUUCUUUGCUAAGUCGAAUCAGUCAUUGUAUCAACGGAUGUGGCAGUUUAUGUCCAGCAAUAAAGGUGUGAUGAUAAACAACGCGACAGAGGCGAUAGCUCGAGUUAAACGAGGCGGCUACGCCUACAUCCUUGAGUCUACUAUGAAUGAGUACUUCACCCAGCGCAACUGUGAUCUCAUCCAAAUUGGCGAUAAUCUCGACUCCAAGGGCUAUGGCAUUGGGUUCCCUCAAGGUUCCAAGUACCGAGACGAGUUCUCCGAGGUUAUUCUUCAGCUUCAAGAAUCCCAAGCCCUGGAGCAGAUUCGACGCUACUGGUGGCGCAAUUUUAGCAUCACAGAGCCCUGUGAAAGUCUAGUCUCAAAGAGCACCAACACUAAUUCCUUAGGACAUGAGCAAAUUGGUGGAUGCUUCGUCAUGUGUCUCAUCGGACUGGGUGCUUCCAUCCUGAUCAGUCUGCAAGAAUUCCUCUAUAAGGCCUAUCAUCGAUCGAAAAUCACCAAGAGGCAGCUCGUGAGUUCCGCUUCUCCAUGGCCUGCUCUAGCACUCGUGAUUCUGCUGCCGAAUCUGCCCUUGCACUUCCACCGCCACCUUCGCGAUGCGCUCCGCCUUCUAAGGAAUGCAGAAUGGCCGCGCUAG